AUGUCCUCGAUCUCCCAGACGGCCUUACAAGCACUUGAUGAGUCUUCGAGGAAGGAUAUCAUGCAAUUUAUAGAGUCAGAAAACUCAAAAUCUAAAGUGCAGAUGUCGAUUCACAAUUUCACCGAUAUGUGCUUUAAAAAGUGCAAUUAUAAUAAACCAAUUACUACUAGUACUUUGGAUGUGAAUGAGGAACAAUGCCUAAGCAGUUGCUUGAAUAGGUUCUUAGAUACCAAUAUCAAAGUUGUUCAGGCACUUCAAGGUGCACAGAAAUGA